AUGGGUCGCGUUCGCACCAAGACCGUCAAGAAGUCCGCCAAGGUCAUCAUUGAGCGGUACUACCCCAGACUCACCCUGGACUUCGAGACCAACAAGCGCAUCUGCGAUGAGAUCGCCAUCAUCGCCUCCAAGCGUCUCCGCAACAAGAUUGCUGGCUACACCACCCACUUGAUGAAGCGUAUCCAGCGUGGUCCCGUCCGCGGUAUCUCCUUCAAGCUUCAGGAGGAGGAGCGUGAGCGCAAGGAUCAGUUCGUCCCCGAGGUCUCCGCCCUCGACUUCACCCAGAACACCGAGAGCGGCCAGCUCGAGGUCGAUGUCGAGACCAAGGACCUUCUCAAGCACCUCGGCUUCGACGCUAUCCCCGUCAACGUCACUCCCGUCGGCCAGACCCAGGUCCAGGAGCGCGGAGGCCGCUUCGGUGGCCGCCCCCCUCGCCGCGACUAA